AUGCGACUCUGGGAACUAUCGAACUUCUCCCACGUAUUUGAGACAGACCGCGAUUACCGAUUCGACAACCGCUCCGACUUUGGGAUCAGUACCUUUUUCAAGUCUGGUAUCUUCAAUAUGACGACGGAACGGACGAGCCCUUACAGCACCACGGACGACUACGAAAAUACCGAGACGUCCAUCCUGUCGUUUACAGCAAAAGGCUGUGCCCGUACAAAGGAUCCAGAGGACGGUUUCCUGACGAGGGAAUGCAAGCACAGCUACGACAACAUGCCGGGUCUUUUUCCAGAGUUCGACAUCGUAGCAGCGAACUGCAGCUUACACCCCUGCCUUCGCCGCUACAACGCCAACGUGGUGAAUGGUGUCCUGGACGAGAAGCUUGUCUCCAUAGCUCCGGUCGGUGCAGCCAAUAUCUCAUACGUCCAAGCAAACAUAGCGGACGAUGUCAGAAAUACAUAUGUGUUUCGGAACUUCUCCUACGUCGCCAUGAGCGAGCCUUGCAUUAUCAAAGACAUAUGGUACGACUCGUCCAACAUCAGCCAGGCACCGCGCGACGGCGUGAAAUGGACGUCAUGGGGCACAGGAGAUACUCUCCAUGAAGCACCAUCUGCGUGUUUGGUACUCAUGGAUCCCACAGAGUUCCUUGGUAUUAGGCAGUUCUUUCUGCAGACGCUCAAAGGAUCAUGCGCCAAGACAACUUCGGGUUCCAACAGACCGACUUCGAGCCUUGAAGACGGCAGGAUAAACUGUGAAGGGGGCUUCUGGGUCGAUGCAUUCUUCAACAACGGAAACGCCACAUUCGACGACAUCUCCACCGCCUUUGACAACAUGGCGACGGCUCUGACGAACCGCAUGCGCGCGAAAGGACGUGAGUUCCUCACAGAAGCGCGGAGCUUCACGAAUGGGACUGCUGUCGAAAUGUCCAUCUGCAUGCGCGUUGACUGGCCAUGGCUGGUGUAUCCGGGUGUCCUCCUAGUUCUGACAUCGUUUCUGCUUGCAACGACAUACGCACAGAGCUGUCAGGAUAGAGGUCGGCGUCCGAUUUGGAAAUCAUCGAUCCUGCCUCUGUUGUUCUAUGGGGCAGAGACGCAGCACACUUAUAUGGAUAAGCAGCGGAAUACCUUGGAUGCGACACAGGCUUUGCCUCUGAUGCAACUGGCUGAGCUCGAGGCAAUAGCUGAUGCAACGAAGGCGAGGUUCUGCAACGGCCGGGAUAUAGCUGGCUUCAUUGUCGACAAAACGUCUCCUGAGGCCGCCUAA